GUGUUGGUCUCUGGCUGCUCUGUGGGGUCGCCCGUUGAGCCAUUUUCACGCCUGGGCAUCGCUGAGCCGCGGCAAGGUACCUCCAGCAGCAGCAUUGUUGCGAGGCUGAGUUGGGGGCGUUGUGCGCGCAGGGGCUGUUCCCUGGUAACCUGUGCCUGCCCCUCACUUUGGGCCCGCGCCGCUCGCAUGGCUGCAGCAUCCUUCUGCGUCGCCUCCAACUGGCAGCUUCCCCGUUUGUUUUAUGCAUGAGGGCUGGUUUUCGAUUAAGCGAAUGUAAAGCUUUUAAGAGUAGCGCAACGGGCUUUAUUAAAAAAUCCGUUGCUCCUUGGGGAAUCCUUGCAGAUAAUGGAGUGUCUUGAGUCUUCUCAGAACCAGGAGGCAAAGAAUGCUGCUUCUCAACAGGAUGAAAGUGAAGAUGAUAUUGAGUUUGUUGGUGAAGCUAUAUUAAGACCUAUCCUGGACUGCAUUGACCUUGUUAGUAGCGGCGAUGAGGAAUCUAGCAGUUCUUCUAACAAAAAAGUUAAGAGUAUAGACUACAAUGAUAAUCAGAAGGAGGGAAUGGUUGCUUCAACCCUUGAUCGCCUAGCACGCCAUGUAGAGCUACAAAAAAAGCUGAAAGAAGAAAAAAACAAAGCUUUCAAGGAAAAAGUCGAUUCCCAGCAUGCUCAUGGACUGCAACAACUGGAAUUUAUCCACAAGCACAGUGACACAGAAGCAGCAAGACUGUGUGUGAACCAGUGGCUCAAAAUGCCAGGCCUCAAGCCAGGCACUGUAAACUCAGGAAGAAAAAUACCUCCAAGAUCAGUCCAUAUACCAUCUGGCAGUAAAUCCAUUUUAUGCCCCAUAAUGCAUUGCAACAAGAAGUUUGACAAUGGGGCUCUUCUCCUCGGCCACCUUAAAAGGUUUGAUCAUUGCCCAUGUGAUCCAGCAGUUACAAUACAUGGACGUCCAUCUAGUUCUUUUGCCUGUAUAGUCUGUAAGAAAAGAUUUCCUACCUCUCAGCAGUAUAGUGAUCAUUGUUUAUCUAAGGCAAGUGAAAAUGAUGGCCAUGAAAGAAAUUAUCCUCCUCAGCAUAUUCAGUUCUUUGCAUGCCCAUGCUGUUUCCUCCUUUUUAGCCUGAGAGAUGAGUGCCUGCAACAUAUGUCUGAAGAGAAGCAUUUUUCUCAGACAUUUAAACUGAGUGAUGUCAUGGAGACCCCACUUCCUUUGCCUUUCCCAGCCUAUGCAAAGAAUCUUUUAGUCUCCUUGUGCAAAGAAGUUCCAUUCCAAGUAAAAUGUACGUCCUGCCAUCAGGAAUUACGUUCUCAUGUGGAGCUAACAGCACAUUUCAGAACUCGUUGCCGUAAUGCUGGUCCAGUAGUUCUGUCAGAGAAGACUAUCUCCCAAGUUGCUGAAAUAUUUAAAGCAAAAGGUUUCUGUCAGAGGUGUAAUGAGCUGCUUGUUGAUGACAAUCAUAUCAGCCAGCACAAUUGCAAAACCUUGCACGACAUUAAAAUUCUCACCACAAUGGAACAAUCAAUCUUGAUAUUUUGUCAUACCAAUAUGGGGAAUAAAAAUUACCUUAAAGACAGAAGACUUUUUAAGUCUUCUCCUCUUAAGAGAUCUUUGACCAUAGAUACCUCUCUUAAUGAUCAGAUUGAAGCUAUUUCAAAGCGAAAAAAGGAUUUGGAAGACAAAAGCCAAGAGUUUUGUAAUACCCAUGUCGUGAAAACCUGGACGUGUGAAUGCUCCCUGUCAUUUCCUUCUGAGGAAUUAGUAGAGAAACAUAUUUUUUCUGCAAACAGAAUAUGUCACAAGUGUGCUGUGUGUGGAAAGCUUUCGGAAGAUGCAAGCAUCAUCCGUUUGCAUAUGAGCCGUUUCCAUGGAGGAGCGCACUUAACUAACUUCCUUUUCUGGUGUCAGGCCUGCAGUGUAGGUCUUCAGAAAGGGAGUGAUGUAAUGGCACACAUGACUGAAUGUCAUAUUGGGCACAGCUACUUCUGUGAAAAAUACUGUACUGAGGAUGAGCUUGCAUUAUCUUCUAAUAGACUCACAGAUACCUUCUGUAACAAUUCUCUUGAGACUGAAAACCAAUCUUUUGUCCCUAUGGAGUUGUCUCCACCUUCAAGUCCAAUGGAUCUGGCUGAGAAAACUUCUCACCAAGGAAAAUGGCAGUGCUGCUUGUGUGAGGAAAUCUUUGACUCAGAAGAUACUGUGAAACAGCAUUGCAUGUCAUUAGACAGCCAUCAUUUUCACAGGUACAGCUGUGACUUAUGUAAAGUUACAUUUCGGAAAACAGAAACACUGUACCGACACUGCCAAGAUAGGCAUAGCGAAAUUGUACAGAUUAAAUACUUCUGCGGAUUUUGUGGUGACCUCUUUUUUGAUACUGAGGAGGAAUUUUUAAUUCACUUCAGGAGUUUCCAUAGCACAGAUUACGUAUGUUUGUCCGAGACAGCAGAAACAUCUAUCAAGAACUUUGAGAUGGUAGAAGAAAGCAACCUUCUCAGCUGUGGCUGUCGAGAGAAAUAUGCUUCCAAAGAAAAUAGGAAAGCAGAUUAUAAGAAGUGUCAAGAAGCUAUGCUGGCAAAAGGAAACCUGUGGUUUCGCUGCACUUUGUGUUCUUCAACAGCACAAAGCCAUUCUGACAUGGUUAUUCAUCUUGCGUGUCACACAAGUGACAAAAGUAAAGAAGAACUGUAUGUUGUGAGGUGUGGAGCCUGCAACAAAAACUUCAGUGGUCUUACAUUAGCCCAUCAGCAUUUUCAUAGCAAGCACUGCUUCUCACAAAAGCCCAAGUUAGUCUCUCCAGCAGAAAGCAAAGUCUUCCAGUUUUCUGCCAGUGGAUCUUGUGUAGAUAAGAAGCCUGAUAAACUGAAGCUUUCAGCUGCUUUGACUACACGAAGUUCAAAAUCCCUUUCUCCAAAGAAAUCAGGAUAUAAGAAGGAAGAAGUGCCUGGCCAAGAUGAUGAUCUUCCUGAUCUAGAUUACUUGCGCACCAUGACACACAUUAUAAUGAUGGAUUUAGAUAACUGGGGAAACCUCUUCCAUCAAUUGCCUGCUACUCUUAACCAGGGGACAUUUAUCUGGGGUUUUCAAGGUGGGCACAACAACUGGAAGCAACCUGUGAAUUGCAAAAUGUUUAAUUAUCUUAAUAGAAUUGGGUGUUUUUUCCUUCAUCCACGCUGUGGUACAAGGAGGGAAGCAGCUGACUUUGCAAUCUGUGUACAUGUUGGUCGACUAGAUGAACACCUUCCCAAGCAUAUUCCUUUUACCAUUCUUUCUGGAGACAAAAGCUUUCUGGAGUUGGAGAGCCAGCUUAAGAUGACUCAACGGACAACCCGCAUUCUAGAUCCUCAUAAAAUUGACGCUGAUAUAAUGUGUGCCUUAUUAAACAGCAUUUCGGACACGGCCAAAGAAAAUGAAGAGGAUUCUCCAAUGACAACAGAACAGUACUCACAAGGAGCAGAGAUUCAAGAAAGUGAAGAUGUACAAUUACAAGAGGCAAUCAGACGGAGUCUUCAAGAAAUAUGAAGCUGUACUGAGAUCAGUACUUUCUAACAUCCAAGUUUCUGUCAUCAUAUAUUAGAAACUUGUCAUAUUACAAAAAUAUCAAACCAAGGUAUAAAUGGCGCUUUAAAGAAGUGAGUUUUCUCUAAUAUCAUGGUCUAGCAUAGAAUUAAGCACAUUUAAGGUUCACAGGUUACUGUUCAAUUUGAGUGUGCUCAGCUGCACUCCAGAUCUCAGUUACUGCAAUUUUCACAAAACCACAUAAAAUAUUGCGUGAGAGAAAGUGUACUAAUAAGAAUUCCUGAACAUCAUAUUCUAAAGAACGAGGGUGGCUUUAAUGAUCUGAAAGGUGUUUACUUUAUGACUUCUUAUUUUCAGUGUGUUAAUCCCUCUUUUGUGAAGCAUAAUUACUCUGUAUGUAUAUUGCUAGCGAAGCCUUGCAACAAAUACAAGUAUUGAUUCCUGUCCUGUCUUAGCUGAUCAGUUCAUAAAGCAAAGAUCAUAUAUGUACCUUGCAGUUUAAUGUACAGGCAAAACUUGAAAGAACUCGACUGUGGUGUCAACUAGGUACUUUGUUACCUUUCGGUGUUCACUUUGAAUUUGGGGAAUGAAUGCAAUGCCAAAUUGCGUUGUCUGUUUUGUGUUUGUUUGUUUGUUUGUUUUAAUAUCUCAACAAAAUAUUUUCUUCUCUCUCUUAGUCUGAAUACUGUAGUUUCAUAAAAGCUUUUGUUUCAGUAUUGUUAGUUUAUUAUAACUAUUUUUGACCAUAAUUAAAGAAUUAUU